AUGAAUCUCCAGUACAUCUACACCGGCCCAGACAGCUCGCUCCGCUGCUUUCGCAAAGCUGGUGAUCAAGUCGGAGAUUUCGUCAAUGCUCAUCUCUCUGGGCUCGUAUGCGCCUGUGAUAUACCAGCACCCAAUUACCAGUUCUCCUGGGCACCAAACCCAUUCUGUAAAUCGUAUUAUGCCAAGCAAGAGGAUAUCCUAUCGUACAUCAGAGCAGUAGCUGAACAGCAUGAUCUACGGCGCUACGUGAAGACAUCUCACAAGAUCACCAACGCGUCUUGGAUCCCAGAGCGCGAGGUAUGGCAAGUCACUGUAACCAAGACCGACGGGCGAGAUUUUGUCGUUUCAAGCCCAGGUAUUACAGACGGUGAGACGUCUACCACUUUUGUGGAAGAAUGUGAUAUCCUCAUCAACUGCACCGGUUUCUUCAACCACUGGAAAUGGCCCAACGUCAAGGACCGAGAACAGUUUGAAGGACGAAUGCUCCAUUCAGCAGCGUGGCCAAAGGACGCCGAUAAAGACAUCAAGGGGAAGACAGUGGCACUGAUUGGAAACGGAAGCAGUGGUGUGCAGAUCCUCCCUGCUAUUCUCAACGAUGUAGAGAAGAUAUAUGUCCACAUUCGAAGUCCGACUUGGAUCACCACUAAUUUCGCUUCCAAAUUUGCUGGACCUGGGGGAGCAAACUAUGAUUAUUCUGAAGAGCAAAAGGCUGCCUGGGCGAAGGACCCAGAUGCGUAUCUACAAUACAGGCGCCUGAUUGAGCACGAACUUAACAGUCGGUUCAGACUGUAUGUAGACCACUCUCCGGAACAAAAGGCUGCGCGCGAGUAUGGAAUUCAAGAGAUGGCCAACAAGCUUGGGGAGAGGCAGGACUUGCUUCAAGCGCUGCUCCCGGACUUUGCUGUUGGAUGUCGUCGUCCAACACCAGGAAAUGGGUAUCUUGAGGCUCUCACGUCUCCCAAGGUGGAGGUUAUCUGGGGCACAGUCGAGGCGUUCACCAAAAAGGGCAUUCGUACAUCGUCAGGCCACGAAACGACGGACGUCGACACAAUCAUCUGCGCCACCGGCUUUGACCUAUCCUGCUCCCCUCGCUUCCCUAUCAACGGUCUCAACGGAACUAAUCUCCAAGACCUAUGGAACGAGAACCCCCGGUCCUAUCUCUCAGUAACAGCACAAGACAUGCCCAACUACUUCGGCUUCCUCGGUCCAUUCUCCCCCCUCGGCCAUGGAAGUCUCGUAACCUCGAUCGAAAUGGUGACCAAGUACAUCACGGACUUUGUGACCAAGCUUCAAACUCAAAACUACAGCUACUGCGUUCCCAAGACUCACAUACCCGCUGCUUACCAGAAGCAGGCCCUUGCGUGGCUUGAAAGGACGGUUUGGGCGAGUGACUGCAGCAGUACGUACAAGAACGGUACUACGGGCGGGCAGCUUAACAGUUUGCAUCCUGGUAGUCGGGUCCAUUACUUUGAGCUUUUGCGUACACCGAGGUGGGAGGACUUUGAGUGGAAGAGCCUUUGCGAGAGUGAGGACUUGACUUUUGCUUGGCUUGCGAAUGGGUUUACUUACAGGGAGACGAAUCCUGCUGAGUCUCCAGAUACAACCUGGUUUAUCAACUUUGACGAGCAUACUAAGCAGAUCGAGAGGCGUAACGUAGAGGAAGAUUGUCAAAGUGUUGUGAACGGGACUACGAAGUAA